AUGGUCUUCCACUCUUCCCACCCCCGUAUUAACGGCAAGUAUCAAGUAUUUACCACUGAGCGAAAAAGAAAUGUCACUGACUAUCAGACAGUUCCUACGGACACGACCAUCUGGGACUGGCUGCUCGAGCAUUCUAUCGACCGACUGACGACACGCACGACAUCAGGCUAUACAGAUGUGGACACGCAGAACCGGGUCACGUAUUUACAGCUUAAAGGGUAUGCGACACACUUGUCGACUGCAUUGACCACAGAGUAUGGUAUUCGUGCAGGGGAUUCGGUCGCAAUUUUCAGUCCCAAUUCGAUAUGGUACCCCGUCGCCAUCUUCGGCGCCUUACGGCUAGGAGCCAGAGUUUCAGGGGUGUCACCUAGCUAUGGGAAGGACGAGCUCUCUUACGCCCUGCAAAAGAUCAGUGCCAAAGUUCUGUGGACGAUCCCUGAACUUGAGAGCGUCGCCGUGGCUGCGGUCCGGGAAUCGGGGACCAGGGACUGCAAAAUAUUGCUCCUCGAGGACCAGCGUGAUGAGAUGGCGACAAGAAGAUCACUGAGAGGGCUGGCAAAACUGGGAAAGAGUCGUGGGAAAGAGGGCCAAGUGGUCGCCUUCUCGAUACCGGCCGGCCAGACGAACAGAGACAUCUGCGCCUUUUUGAACUUCAGCAGUGGCACGACGGGCCUUCCCAAGGCAGUAAUCAUCUCACAUCACAAUGUCAUUGCUCAAUGCCUGCAGGUGGCCCAAAUCACCCCUGCCGACCACCGUCGGGUUCUAGGGGCGCUCCCAGUCUUCCACAUCCAGGGCCUCGUCCACAUUCUCCACGUACCGAUCGUCCUAAACGCCGAAGUCUAUCUCAUGCGCAAGUUCUCCCUGGAUGUGAUGUUGGGCGUGGUGUCCAAGUACGAAAUCCGAGAACUCUGCCUGGUGCCCCCGAUCAUCGUCUUACUGGCGAAGAGCCCGGUCGUCAUAAAAUAUGACUUGAGCUGCGUCCGGAGAUUCUUUUCGGGCGCCGCGCCACUGUCAGACGGCAUCCUAGAGGUCCUGCACCGGCGAUUCCCUCAGACAGGCUUCAAGCAAGGCUACGGCCUCACCGAAUCGUGCAGCGCAAUCACCCUCCACCCUCCGGGCAAGCUCGGCUACGAGAAUGCCGGGUUCGCGGGAACCCUGGUGGCAAACACCGAAAUCAUGAUCCGGUCCGUCGAUGACGGGCGGGAGCUGGGCGUGGACGAAACCGGCGAGAUCCUCGCCCGGGGUCCUCAGAUUACCGCGGGCUAUCUCGACGAUCCCCGGGCGACGGCGUCCACGUUCGACACAGACAACUGGCUGCACACGGGCGACGUGGGCCGCAUGAACCGGGAUGGAUUUCUCGUCGUCAGCGACCGCAUCAAGGACCUCAUCAAGGUCAAAGGCAUCGGCGUGGCCCCGGCGGAGCUGGAAGAUCUCCUCCUCACGCACCCGAACGUCGAGAGCUGUGCCGUCCUGGGCACCCCGGACCCUUUCGCCGGGGAAAGACCGGUCGCGUUCGUCGCCCUCCGCAGUUUGGGCCCGUCCGAAGCGGACAAGAAGGCGACCGGCGUGGAACUGCUGCGGCUGGUGCAGCAGAAGAGGGCUCGCCACAAGUGGCUUGCAGAGAUCCGCUUCGUGCCGAGUAUCCCCAAAAGCCCGACCGGGAAGAUCCUGAAGCGGGCACUGCGUGAGGAACGAGCGCCGGCAGGUGCGGAGGAUGUCGUCAGGGAGACGGACAUGACGACGGUAGAUCUAGAGUCGCCACGUCCGAGACUCUGA